GACGCUCACACAUUCUCACCAUGAAGCUCCUGUCCUUGUUUCUGGUCGUAAUGGCGACCCUGUCUACCCUGAUCAGCUGGGCCAGUGCCAUGCCUGACCCCGACCCAGAAGCUAACCCAGCUGGCUUCGGCAGGUUUCAUGGCGGAAGUAGUGGUCAUGGUUUCCACAGGGGUCACGGCCAUGGAGUCGGAAGGGUUCAUGGCCAAGGCUUUGCCAGGGGUCACAGUCGUGGCUUCGGUGCUCUCCAUGGCUAAGGCAUCUACGGAUAAUGAAAAGGACACCAGAUAUCUACCACUGCAAUCAACCCACAUAUAUACCAGAAGAAAUGCAGUGGAUUGUCACACUGUAAGGUGGAAUUCACCUAUUCGUACCAGAAAUAAAUUGCAUAUUCAAAAUCU